CGCCCUCCGCUGCGCCCAGUGGGUUCCGGCUCCUCCUCCUCCUCCCUCCGCCUCAGCCCCACCAUGGUGCUGGAGUCGGUGGUCGCGGACCUGCUGAACCGCUUCCUGGGGGACUACGUGGAGAACCUGAACAAGUCGCAGCUGAAGCUGGGGAUCUGGGGCGGAAAUGUGGCUUUAGAUAACCUGCAGAUAAAAGAAAAUGCUCUGAGUGAAUUGGAUGUUCCUUUUAAAGUCAAGGCUGGCCAGAUUGAUAAAUUAACUUUGAAGAUUCCCUGGAAAAACCUUUACGGAGAAGCAGUUGUUGCAACCCUAGAAGGAUUAUACCUGCUUGUUGUCCCUGGAGCAAGUAUUAAAUAUGAUGCUGAAAAGGAGGAAAAAUCCUUGCAGGAUAUUAAACAGAAAGAACUUUCCCGAAUUGAAGAGGCCCUUCAGAAAGCAGCAGAGAAAGAUAAGCCAAAAGAAGCAAAAAAAGAUACAUUUUUUGAAAAAUUGGCAACUCAAAUAAUAAAAAAUGUACAAGUAAAAAUCACAGACAUUCACAUUAAAUAUGAAGAUGAUGUUACUGAUCCAAAGCGACCUCUUUCGUUUGGUGUCACACUUGGAGAACUUAGUCUAUUGACUACAAAUGAACAUUGGACACCAUGCAUAUUAAAUGAAGAAGAAAAAAUUAUAUACAAGCUUAUAAAACUUGAUAGCCUCAGUGCUUACUGGAACGUGAACUGCAGCAUGUCCUACCGGGGAUCAAGGGAGCGGAUCUUGGAUCAGCUGAAAAGUGAAAUUCUUACAAGUAGAAAUAUACCCCCAAACCAUCAGUAUGUUUUCCAGCCAUUAUCAGCCUCUGCAAAACUCUACAUGAAUCCUUAUGCAGAAAAUGAACUCAAAACACCCAAACUGGAUGGGAACAUAGAAGUGCAAAAUAUUGCCAUUGAGCUGACCAAGCCUCAGUACUUAAGUAUGAUUGACCUUUUGGAGUCAGUGGAUUAUAUGGUUAGAAAUGCCCCUUACAGGAAAUAUAAACCUUAUGUGCCACUUCAUACCAAUAGCCGACAAUGGUGGAAGUAUGCGAUUGAUUGUGUCCUUGAAGUUCACAUAAGAAGGUACACACAGAUGUGGUCAUGGAGUAACAUAAAGAAGCACAGGCAGCUGCUCAGGAGUUACAGAAGUGCCUACAAAGCCAAGCUGACCCAGACAAAAGUCUCAGAGGAAAUGCAGAAGCAAAUUCAGGACUUGGAGAAGUCCCUGGAUGUUUUUAACAUAAUUUUAGCAAGACAACAAGCACAAGUUGAGGUGAUUCGGUCGGGGCAGAAAUUAAGGAAAAAGUCUGCUGACACAGGGGAGAAACGUGGAGGCUGGUUUAGUGGGUUUUGGGGUAAGAAGGAGUCUAAGCAAAAAGAUGAAGAGUCAUUGAUUCCUGAAACUAUUGAUGACCUAAUGACUCAAGAGGAAAAAGAUAAACUCUUCACUGCUAUUGGAUAUAGUGAGAGCACCCACAACUUAACUUUACCCAAGCAGUAUGUUGCUCAUAUAAUGACCCUCAAGUUGGUAAGCACCUCUGUUACAAUCAGAGAAAACAGAAAUGUUCCAGAAAUACUAAAAAUUCAGAUAAUUGGUUUGGGUACCCAAGUAUCUCAGCGACCAGGAGCACAAGCCCUUAGGAUGGAAGCAAAAUUAGAACACUGGUAUAUAACAGGUCUGAGACAGCAAAACAUUGUACCAUCACUUGUGGCUUCUAUUGGUGAUACUUCAUCAUCCUUGCUUAAAAUUGAAUUUGAAACCAAUCCGGAGAAUAGUCCUGCUGACCAGAUGCUCAUUGUUCAGUCUCAGCCUGUGGAAGUCAUCUAUGACGCUAAAACCAUCAAUGCAGUGGUUGAAUUCUUUCAGUCAAAUAAAGGGUUAGAUCUUGAGCAAAUAACAUCAGCUACAUUGAUGAAGUUAGAAGAAAUUAAAGAGAGAACAGCUACAGGACUUACACAUAUUAUUGAAACUCGAAAAGUUCUUGAUUUAAGAAUAAAUCUGAAGCCUUCUUAUCUAAUAGUUCCACAGACUGGUUUCCAUCACGAAAAGUCAGAUCUUCUCAUUUUAGAUUUUGGUACAUUUCGGCUCAACAGCAAAGAUCAAGGUUUACAGAAGACUACUAAUUCAUCUCUGGAAGAAAUAAUGGAUAAAGCAUAUGACAAAUUUGAUGUUGAAAUAAAGAGUGUGCAACUACUCUUUGCACGAGCAGAGGAAAACUGGAAAAAAUGUCGAUUUCAACAUCCAUCAUCUAUGCAUAUAUUGCAGCCCAUGGAUAUUCACGUUGAGUUGGCAAAAGCAAUGGUAGAAAAAGACAUUAGAAUGGCCAGGUUUAAAGUAUCAGGGGGACUUCCUUUGAUGCACGUGAGAAUUUCUGACCAGAAGAUGAAAGAUAUGCUAUGUUUGGUUAACAGUAUACCUUUGCCACAGAAAUCAUCUGUCCAGCCUUCAGAGAGACAGGUAUCAUCAAUUCCUGUUAUUUCAGGUGGGACCAAAAGCUUACUUGGUGCUUCACUGUUACUGGAGGGAGUGGAAUCAGAUUCUGAGGAUGAAUAUUUUGAUGCUGAAGAUGGAGAAUUACAGACUGGUAAAAGUAUGAAGGUAACAGAACUGAAAAAAGCUACAGAGGUCCCAAAUGAAGAGCUCAUUAAUCUUCUACUCAAGUUUGAAAUUAGAGAAGUCAUUUUGGAAUUUACUAAACAACAGAAAGAAGAAGAUACCAUUCUAGUAUUUAGUGUUACUCAGUUAGGAACAGAGGCUACAGUGAGAACCUUCGACUUAACUGCAGUAUCUUAUUUAAAGAAAAUUAGCUUGGAUUACCAUGAAAUUCAAGGAUCCAAAAAGAAGCCUCUUCACUUGAUAAGCUCUUCUGAUAAGCCUGGACUAGAUCUUUUAAAAGUAGAAUAUAUUAAGGCUGAUAAGAAUGGACCUAGUUUUCAAACUACUUUUGAAAAAACAGAACAAACAUUUAAGGUGACCUUUUCAUCUUUAAAUUUGCUGCUGCAAACACAAGCUCUUCUCUCUUCAAUUAAUUACCUGACAGCCAUUAUUCCGUCAGAUGAUCAAAACACAGAUGUUGCCAAGGAGGUACAGAUUCCGACUGGGAAACAAACAAGUUCAACUCUGCAGAAAGUGAUUGUACCCUCUAAAGACACUGACUUGAUUGGCUUCAGGCUGUUUGCCAAGCUGAACGCUUUCUGUGUCAUUGUUUGUGAUGAAAAGAAUAGCAUUGCUGAAAUCAAGAUUCAAGGCCUCGAUUCCUCCCUUUCUCUUCAGUCAAGGAAACAGUCACUGUUUGCCAGACUGGAAAAUAUUAUUGUCACAGAUGUUGAUCCUAAGACAGUUCAUAAAAAAGCUGUGUCCAUAAUGGGGAAUGAAGUUUUUCGUUUUAACUUGGAUUUGUAUCCAGAUGCUACUGAGGGAGAGUCCUAUAGUGACAUGUCCAAAGUGGAUGGUGUGGUGUCCCUGAAUGUUGGCUGUAUUCAGAUCGUCUAUCUGCAUAAAUUUCUUAUGUCACUCCUGAACUUCCUGAACAAUUUCCAGACCGCCAAAGAGGCUCUGAGUGCUGCCACAGCCCAGGCGGCGGAAAAGGCUGCCACAAGUGUGAAAGAUCUUGCCCAGAGGAGUUUUCGUGUUCUGAUCAAUAUUGACUUGAAAGCACCAGUUAUAGUCAUCCCACAGUCUUCCACGUCCACUGAUGCAGUUGUGGUAGAUCUUGGAUUAAUCCGGGUUCAAAAUAAGUUCAGUUUAGUUUCUGGUGAAGACUCCUUGAAUCCUCCAGUAAUUGAUCAAAUGGAUGUGCAGCUAACAAAACUUAAGCUUUCUAGAACAGUGAUCCAGCCAGGCAUCUCACAUCCUGAUAUUCAGCUCUUGCAUCCAACUAACUUAGAGUUUUCUGUAAAUCGGAAUCUGGCUGCAUCCUGGUACCACAAGGUGCCUGUUGUAGAAAUUAAAGGACAUCUUGAUUCAAUGAAUGUUAGUCUCAAUCAAGAAGAUCUUAAUCUUUUAUUUAGAAUAUUAGUAGAAAAUCUUGGUGAGGCGUCUGAAGACUUCAAUAAAGUAAAGCCAAGAAUACAAGACAGAGGUGAAAUUAAAGAGCCCCAUGUGAUCUCUGUCCCCCAUCGAGAUGCACAUGUGUCACAGGACACCUUAAUAGUUGGAAUGGAAGCAAUGAGAUCCGUGGACAUCGUCAAUAUACUCCUGAAUUUUGAAAUUAAAGAGGUUGUUGUUACUUUGGUGAAAAAAACAGAAAAGAAAGGAAGACCUUUACAUGAACUAAAUGUCCUACAGCUUGGAGUGGAAGCUCGAGUUAGAACUUACGACACGACUGCUAAAGCUUAUCUAAAAAAAAUUAGUAUGCGAUGCUUUGAUUUCACUGGUUCAAAUGGAGAACCUCUUCAUAUUAUUAGUUCUUCUAAUAUAACUGAUGAACCCCUCCUAAAGAUGUUACUGACAAAGGCAGAAAGUGAUGGACCAGAAUUCAGAACUACUCAUGAGAGUACUAAACAGAAGUUGAAGGUUUCAUUUACGUCCUUAGACUUAGUCCUUCAUUUGGAAGCUUUACUUUCGUUUAUGGAUUUUUUAUCAUCUGCCAUUCCAUGUUCUGCACCUUCCUCUUCUGAGCUGAAACCACCUGUCGGAGAGUCCAGAAGUGUUGCUGUUAAAGCAGUAUCCAGCACCGUUUCCCAGGAGGAUGUGUUUGAUUUGAAGGUCACAGCUGAAUUGAAUGCAUUUAACAUCUUUGUUUGUGAUCAGAACUGUAACAUUGCAGAUAUCAGAAUACAUGGGAUGGACACCUCUAUUUCUGUGAAGCCAAAGCAGACUGAUGUGUUUGCUAGACUUCGGAAUAUUGUAGUUACAAAUGCUGAUUUGCUGUCCAUUCAUAAAAAGGCUGUUUCGAUUUUGGAAGAUGAAGUCUUUAGAUUCCAAAUGACUCUUUAUCCAGAUGCCACUGAGGGGCAGGGAUAUGCUGAUGUGACUAAGGUGGACGGCAGACUGAGCCUCAAAGUGGGUUGUAUUCAGAUUGUUUAUGUUCAUAAAUUCUUCAUGUCUCUCUUGAAUUUCCUCAACAAUUUCCAAACUGCCAAAGAAGCUUUGAGUACAGCCACAGCCCAGGCUGCAGAAAGAGCUGCCUCCAGCAUGAAGGACUUGGCUCAAAAGAGUUUCCGCCUCUUAAUGGACAUCAAUCUGAAGGCACCAGUUAUUAUAAUUCCUCAGUCUUCAGUGUCACCUAAUGCUGUUAUCGCAGAUCUGGGUUUAAUCAGAGUUGAAAACAACUUUAGCUUGAUCGCUGUGGAACAUUAUUCUCUUCCUCCAGUCAUUGAUAAGAUGAACAUCCAGCUCACUCAGCUGAAGCUUUCCAGAACUAUUUUGCAGGAUGACUUGCUGCAACCUGACAUUGAAAUUUUAAAACCAGUCAACAUGCUUUUGUCUGUACAACGAAAUUUAUCUGCAACAUGGUAUAUGCAAAUUCCAGGUAUGGAGAUAAAAGGAAAGCUAAAACCUAUGCAGGUUGCUCUCAGUGAAGAUGAUUUAACAAUUUUGAUGAAAAUUUUGCUGGAAAACCUUGGAGAAGCGUCUCCACAGCCAAGCCCUACCCAGUCUGCCCAGGAGGCAGUAAGAGUGAGGAAAGAAGUUCCAAGUGGACCUGACCACCUCAAAGAGCAAGAAGACCUGACAGACUCCCAGCUCUCUGUGGACCAGAACGUCACUCUCCAGUUUGACUUUCACUUUGAGUCUCUUUCUGUUACACUUUAUAACAAUGAUAUCAACCAGGAAUCCAAACUCUCGUUUCAUAAUGACAGUUUCCGUCUCGGUGAGCUUAGACUACAUCUGAUGGCCUCCACAGGGAAGAUGUUUAAGGAUGGCUCAGUGAAUGUCAGCGUUAAACUUAAGACAUGCACCCUUGAUGACCUCAGAGAAGGCAUUGAGAGAGCAACUUCGAGAAUGAUUGACAAAAAGAAUGGCCAAGAUAACAAUAGUUCUAUGAUUGAUAUAAGUUACAAACAAGACAAAAAUGGAAGCCAAAUUGACGCUAUUCUUGACAAGCUGUAUGUAUGUGCCAGUGUGGAGUUUCUGAUGACUGUGGCAGAUUUCUUUAUCAAAGCUGUGCCUCAGAGUCCAGAAAAUAUGGCAAAAGAAGCACAUGUUCCACGAAGACAGACUGCCAUGGGGAAAGUCAAGAUGGAGAAAGAGGACUCUGUAAGAUCCAAUAUGACGUUAAAGGCCAUGAUCACAGAUCCUGAAGUGGUGUUUGUGGCCAACCUGACAAAGGCUGAUGCCCCUGCUCUGACAGCCUCGUUCCAGUGUAACCUCUCUCUGUCCACGUCCAGACUUGAACAGAUGAUGGAAGCUUCUGUGCGAGAUCUGAAAGUGCUCGCGUGCCCUUUUCUCAGAGAAAAGAGAGGGAAGAGCAUUACCACAGUAUUGCAUCCCUGCUCUUUAUUUAUGGAAAAAUGUACAUGGGCUUCAGGAAAACAAAAUAUAAAUAUUAUGGUCAAAGAAUUUAUAAUUAAGAUUUCACCCAUAAUUCUUAAUACUGUAAUGACAAUCAUGGCUGCCAUGUCUCCAAAACCGAAAGAAGUUGAAUCCAAAGAUACAACUAAGGAAAUGGAAAACCUUUGGAGUAUCAAGUCUAUUAAUGAUUAUAAUUCUUGGUUUCUUGGUGUUGACACGGCAACAGAAAUAACUGAAAAUUUCAAAGACAUUGAAAAUCCACUUAUAGAAGAGAAUUGUACUCUUGCUGUGGAGACAGUUCAGGUUACCUUGGAAUGUGGCCUUGGACAUCGAACUGUACCCUUAUUGCUGGCUGAGUCUAAGUUUUCAGGAAAAAUUAAAAAUUGGACUUCCCUGAUGGCUGCUGCUGCUGACAUGACACUACAGGUUCAUUAUUACAAUGAGACCCAUGCUGUCUGGGAACCACUGAUUGAAAGAGUGGAGGGGAAGAAACAGUGGAAUUUAAGUCUUGAAGUAAAGAAGAACCCAGUCCAGGAUAAAAGUUUGAUGCCAGGAGAUGAUUUCAUUCCUGAGCCACAAAUGGCAGUUCGUGUUUCUUCAGGAGAUACAAUGAAUAUUACAAUAUCUAAAAGUUGUCUUAAUGUUUUCAACAAUUUAGCAAAAGGUUUUUCAGAGGGCACUGCCUCUACUUUUGACUACUCUUUAAAAGACAGAGCUCCUUUUACAGUAAAAAAUGCCAUAGGUAUUCCCAUUAAGGUGCAGCCCAAUCAUAAUCUCAGAGUAAUUGGCUGUGUUGAGAAAAGUGAUAUUUACGAUGUUGCUGCUGGUCAGAAUUUGGAAUUGGAGUAUGCCGGUACGGAACCUUCACAGCCAGAAAGACUCUCCAUGUUGAGCCGCCAGGAAAGCUCCUUCUUCACUUUGACUUUUGUACCUCAUGGAUAUACAGAAGUUACAAAUAUCCCAGUAGCCCGGCCUGGACGGCUAUUGUACAAUGUACGGAAUCCCAGCGCCAAUCGUUCUGACUCAGUCUUGGUACAGAUUGAUGCAACUGAAGGGAAUAAAGUAAUUACCCUUCGUUCUCCUCUGCAGGUCAAAAAUCAUUUUUCUAUCGCAUUUAUCAUCUAUAAGUUUGUUAAGAAUGUGAAACUGUUGGAGCGCAUUGGAAUAGCCAGACCUGAAGAGGAGUUCCAUGUUCCUUUAGAUUCAUAUAGGUGUCAGUUGUUUAUCAAACCUGCUGGGUUCUUAGAGCAUCAGUACAAAGAAUCCACCACUUACAUUUCCUGGAAGGAAGAACUCCACAGGAGCAGGGAGGUCAGGUGCAUGUUGCAGUGUCCAUCAACAGAAGUCAACUUCUUGCCUCUCGUGGUGAAUACGGUUGCUCUGCCGGAUGAAUUAAGCUAUAUCUGUCCACGUGGGGAAGACUGGGAUCCAGCUUACAUUAUUCAUCUUUAUCCUCCUCUCACUCUGCGGAAUCUUCUCCCAUAUUCUCUAAGAUACUUACUUGAGGGAACAGCAGAAACUCAUGAACUAGCGGAAGGCAGUACUGCUGAUGUUCUACAUUCAAGAAUCAAUGGAGAAAUAAUGGAAUUAGUCCUAAUGAAGUACCAGGGCAAAAACUGGAACGGACAUUUCCGCAUAAGUGAUGCACUUCCAGAAUUCUUCCUCGUGUGCUUUUCUUCUGAUACCACGGAACCGAUGACCAUUGACCUGUCAAUACAUGUCAGGCGAAUUGGCAGCCGGAUGGUGCUGUCUGUCUUUAGUCCCUAUUGGCUAAUCAACAAGACUUCUCGGGUUCUCCAGUAUCGUUCAGAAGAUACUCAUGUGAAGCAUCCAGCUGAUUUUAGGGAUAUUAUUUUAUUCUCUUUCAAAAAGAAAAACAUUUUUAGUAAAAAUAAGGUACAGUUAAAAAUUUCAACCAGUGCCUGGUCCAAUAGCUUCUCAUUGGAUACAGUAGGAAGUUAUGGGUGUGUGAAGUGUCCUGCCAACAAUAUGGACUACCUGGUUGGUGUUAGCAUCAAAAUGAGCAGUUUUAAUCUUUCACGAAUAGUUACUCUUACUCCCUUUUGUACCAUUACAAACAAGUCAUCAUUAGAACUAGAAGUUGGUGAAAUUGCAUCUGAUGGCUCAAUGCCAACUAAUAAAUGGAAUUAUAUUGCUUCUUCAGAGUGCCUUCCAUUUUGGCCUGAAAAUUUGUCAGGUAAACUUUGUGUGAGAGUGGUGGGCUGUGAAGGAUCUUCCAAACCAUUCUUCUAUAACCGACAGGACAAUGGCACUUUAUUGAGCUUGGAAGAUCUGAAUGGAGGUAUCUUGGUGGAUGUAAAUACUGCUGAGCAUUCAACUGUCAUAACUUUUUCUGAUUACCAUGAAGGAUCUGCACCUGCCCUGAUAAUGAACCAUACACAGUGGGACGUUCUCAUUUAUAAACAGAGUGGGUCACAGGAAGAAGUGGUAUUGCUACCUAGACAAGCACGACUUUUUGCCUGGGCGGAUCCUACUGGUACUAGGAAACUUACGUGGAGAUACGCUGCAAAUGUCGGGGAACAGGAUCUGUUAAAGGAUGAAUGUGGACAGUUUCCCUAUGAUGCAAACAUCCAGAUACACUGGGUAUCAUUCCUAGAUGGGCGCCAGAGGGUUUUGCUUUUCACCGAUGAUGUUGCCUUGGUUUCCAAAGCACUGCAGGCAGAAGAAAUGGAACAGGCCGAUCACGAGAUAACCUUGUCACUUCACAGCCUUGGGCUUUCUUUGGUGAACAAUGAAAUCAAGCAGGAAGUUUCAUAUAUUGGGAUAACCAGUUCUGGCGUGGUUUGGGAGAUGAAACCAAAACAGAAGUGGAAGCCUUUCAGUCAGAAGCAGAUAAUCUCACUGGAGCAGUCCUAUCAGAGGCAUCAAGUGUCAAAAGACCGGGGCUGGAUUAAGCUAGACAGCAAUUUUGAGGUCAAUUUCGAUAAAGUGCCAAUGGAAAUGCGCCUCCCCAUCCGGUGCCCUAUUAAACGUGAUUUUUUAUCAGGAAUUCAGGUUGAAUUUAAGCAGUCUCCUCACCAAAGAAGUUUAAGGGCCAGGUUGUACUGGCUUCAGGUUGAUAAUCAGUUGCCAGGUACAAUGUUCCCUGUUGUUUUUCAUCCUGUGGCUCCUCCAAAAUCUAUUGCUUUGGAUUCAGAGCCCAAGCCUUUCAUUGAUGUGAGUAUCAUCACAAGAUUUAACGAGUACAGUAAAGUCUUACAGUUCAAGUAUUUUAUGGUUCUCAUUCAGGAAAUGGCCCUAAAAGUUGAUCAAGGGUUUCUUGGAGCUAUUAUUGCACUGUUUACCCCAACAACUGACCCUGAAGCUGAAAGGAAACGGACAAAGUUAAUCCAACAAGAUACUGAUGCUCUAAACACAGAAUUAAUGGAGACUUCAAUGACUGAUAUGUCAGUUCUUAGUUUCUUUGAACAUUUCCAUAUUUCUCCUGUUAAGUUGCAUUUGAGUCUGUCUUUGGGUUCCGGAGGUGAAGAAUCAGACAAAGAAAAACAGGAAAUGAUUGCAAUUCAUUCUGUCAACCUGCUGUUGAAAAGCAUAGGUGCUACUUUGACUGAUGUGGAUGACCUUAUAUUCAAACUUGCUUAUUAUGAAAUUCGAUAUCAGUUUUACAAGAGAGAUCAGCUCAUGUGGAGUGUUGUUAGACAUUACAGUGAACAGUUCUUGAAACAGAUGUAUGUCCUUGUUUUGGGCUUAGAUGUGCUUGGAAAUCCAUUUGGAUUAAUUAGAGGUCUGUCUGAAGGAGUUGAAGCAUUAUUUUAUGAACCCUUUCAGGGUGCUGUCCAAGGCCCUGAAGAAUUUGCUGAAGGGUUGGUGAUUGGAGUGAGAAGCCUCUUUGGACACACAGUAGGUGGUGCAGCAGGAGUUGUAUCUCGAAUCACUGGUUCUGUGGGCAAAGGUUUGGCAGCAAUUACUAUGGACAAGGAGUAUCAGCAAAAAAGAAGAGAAGAGAUGGGUCGACAGCCCAAAGACUUUGGAGACAGCCUGGCCAGAGGAGGGAAGGGCUUCCUGCGAGGAGUUGUUGGUGGAGUGACCGGAAUAAUAACAAAACCUGUGGAAGGUGCCAAAAAGGAGGGAGCUGCUGGAUUCUUUAAAGGAAUUGGAAAAGGGCUUGUUGGUGCUGUGGCUCGUCCGACUGGUGGAAUCAUAGAUAUGGCCAGCAGUACCUUCCAAGGCAUUCAGAGGGCAGCAGAAUCCACUGAGGAAGUGUGUAGCCUCCGCCCCCCUCGCCUGAUCCAUGAAGAUGGCAUCAUCCGUCCCUACGACAGGCAGGAGUCUGAGGGCUAUGACUUGUUUGAGAAUCAAGUCAAAAAGAUGGAAGAAGAAACUUACCUAUACCACUGUGCUGUUCCCGGAAGCAAGAAGACAGUCUUCAUGGUUACAAACAGGCGAGUGUUGUGCUUAAAGGAAAUUGAAAUACUAGGCAAUAUGUCUGUAGACUGGCAGUGUCCGCUUGAAGACUUUGUGUCUCCUCCCAGUGUCAGCGACAAUCUGCUCGAGCUUUCCGUGAAGGAGCAAGGUCUGUUCUACAAAAAAGACAGCGCCAGCAGAGGCUGCCUCCGGAGGAUUUACCUGAAGGACAAGGCCACAGCCAAGACAGCACUUAAUGCCAUCGAGGAAGCACGGUCAAGGAGACACCAACAGAAACUGGUGAAGCAGUCGUCACUGAACCUUCUCAGUCCCCAGCUACUCUCUUAAUCACAGAUCCCAGGGCAUUGCGACUAGAAGGAAGACCAGGCGUCAGUGUUGUCUAUAAAUCGCUCUUCUUGUCUUGUUACAGAUUUUCAAGCAGUCCUUUAGUUUUAUUUUCAUAGAAUUGCUAAUAUUGGACUCUACACUUUUCCUCUUGAGUUUUGACUGUCAUUUUAUAACCACGUGUAUGUUAGCAAUCCAGUUCUACACUGCCAGCCGAAUGGGCCAGACCCUUGAAGAAAUACCACUUUAAACUCAGAGUGAAAUUUUCAUUAAUAUUAAUAUUGUGCAGCAAAGGACAAUAGGCUUAUUUUUAAUUAAAGUCUAUUAUGAACAAUAAGAAAAGAGCUUAGAAUGACUAGUGUUCUUUAAAAGGUUUUAGCCAUGGACAAAUGUUGGACAUUUUGACAUUUUGUUUAAGGGUAAUUUGUUCGCUAAGUGAACCGAGAUAACAUUUUUGGUAAACCAGGUAAUUGACUGAAGCCACUAAAGGGAGAAAUGACAUUUUUCUUAUUUUCUUUUCAUGAAAACAUUUUCUCCUAAUGAAACAAGUUUUACUUUGGAGCUUGUUUUCCUUCUUUGCACCAUAAAAAAAGAAAUAUGAAAUACCAAACUUCAAACAUCCAUACUUGAUUCUCUGUAUAUAACCUUCACAAAAUCUGGAAGUUCAGUAUCAGCUUAUGUGGCAAAAUUAUAAUUUGCUGAUACAUGAAAAUGUUGCACUUUGACUUUUUUAAAGACUCAGAUAUGUAAAAUUCAAUAUUUUUAUAGUCCCAGAAUUUGGUUUUUUAGAAGUGGAAAGACUUUUGACAUCAUAAAUUAACAUUUAAUGCUAAUGUAUACCUAGAAACGUAUUUAAAAUACUUAGUAAUAAGAGUGAAGAAAGUUUCUAGUUGCUCUAUACUU